CAAUCAGCAAUGAUGGGUGCACUGCGUGUGUUGCUGCUGCUGCUGCUUCGACAGGAGCUCCUGGUGGAGUCCAAGGAGAUUCGAACCAAUGAGUCUGGUAACUGGGAUUACAUUACCAAACUCAGCAACAAAGGCAUAAAUGUUGCUGGGAUGACCACCUUGACAUUUAGCCACAAGGGCUGCGGCAAAGCCACUGUGGAACUAUACCAACAAGGCUUUGCUGAAGACUCACUGGCACUGAAGUUCUCGCUCAUGAUAAAAGAUAAAAAGUCUGGACACCGGUUUGGCAACAUGAGGAAAUGCAUUCUCACUAAGACGAAAAACAUGAACUGUAGUGACAAAAUUAGAGCAACAAUGACCUCCUCAUGUGACGACUUUAAACCCUUCUGGAUCAGCAUGGCAGAAUCAGGCAUUUUCAUGGUUGGAGAAGGAUGCAAGCCUGGGAACAACACCUUGUGGAAACUAUCCGACAUUGGUUCCUUCAAUCUUGGUGAAAUUGGUUUAGGCUCUGAUGAUACCACUGAAUGGAAAUUCGGUGAGGAAUGUAGCGAAGCUGUUAGUGCAUCUACCAGCCCCACCACUACUGUGCCAGUGUCUCACUUGCCCGUGCAAGUGAACCUACAGACUGUCAAAGAAAAAGGGUUUCUCAGGUUGAGCCAAAAUGGAAUUGCUGUAACCAGGUUAUCAACCCUGUUUUUCGAAGUGACCUCUUGUGACAAAGGACAGCUUAUUCUCCUUCCUGGAGGCGAGAAAAUCGGCGACAGGGCCCAUAAAUUCGUAGUUCAGCAAACGACAACAGAAGGAAACGUUAUUGCCAGGCAUUUGAAAUGCACAAUACUAGGUUACGAGGACUUUGACUGUUACGGGAGUGUUUCGUACGCAAUGGAGCCAAUCUGCAAUGAAUAUAAAACAUUCUGGAUCAGAUUGAAGUCAUCAGAGGUAGUGGAAUAUGGAGAAGGAUGCAACCCUGAGAAUGGUACCAUGUUUACGUAUACUGGUGAAAGUCCUUUUUCCCUCGGUGACAUAGCAGUGAAGUCACGUGGUUCAGCCAAGUGGAAAUUCGGUUCUUCCGUCUGCAACAGAAGUCUAACUACAAGUACCAUUGACGAUGACGAAGAAGAUGAUUGGAAGGACAGGGAUGAUCCCGACAUCAAUGGGUCAGGUAUAGAGGGUGGGUCGGACAACACUGAAAAAGCGGCGUCAGUCAGCAGUGGAUCGGCGGGUGAAGUAGGGCCUGACAACGUGGGAACCGACGUAUUUGGCGGGUCAGAUGGCAAUGAAACAGAUGAAGAGGAUGAAUCAAGGAUCAAUGGUGACAGGGAGCACGCUGAAGGGGUUGAGCCAAACAACAUUGGAACGAAUGUUGCGGUUGACUCUGUCAAUAUUGAACAGUCUACAGCUGCAGAGGUAGGUUCAAAUAAUAGUGGAACAACGCAAGAGAGUGCACCUAACACCAUAAAAGCAGAUAAAGUGGGUGGAUCAGUCAAUGCUGAAACAACUGAAGAGAGAGGUUCUGGUAGUGUUGUAACUAAUAAUGGAGAUCCCGACACCAUUGUAUCAUUGAGAUCGACAGACAGCCCUGGAUCAGCGGGAAAUGAUGGUUUAGACCACAGUGGAAAUGCUGGGGAAGGGGAGUCAGAUACUAGUGGAUCGGCUGGAGUAGAAGCGACAGACGUCAGUGUGUCACGGAGCGAGUUGGGCAACAUUGAAACAGCCUUGGAACAAAUCAACGAAGAAAGUGGUGUUACAACAGGCGAAAUAGCUGCAACUGAGCAAACAUCCGUCACGGUAUCUGCACAGAGUGGAGAACUUGCAGAUAUGGCAGACAGAGACGAAGAAGAAGACAAUCCUAAUCUGUCCUCCAUUCUAAAGUCUUUUCUAGAUUCAGAUGGGUCUUCAGCUGGGACAAGCACACCUUCUCUCGGUAUGCUGCUGGCGGUGUGUCUGCAUCAUUUGUGGAACAGGCUUUUUGGCCAAAAUGCUAACUAAUUAAUGUUAUCUUUGAUGUGGCAUCAUUCCUGACCAUUGAUAUAUAGCAAUAUAUCGAGGCUUGUAAUCAGAUCAGAAAUAAAAUAGUAUCUGCA